AUGUCUGGAGAAGAGCAGAACGCGAACGGCGAAAGCCACACGAACGGCACACCUUCGAAGUCGAGUACACCUCAUAGCAAAUCCGGAUGGGACGGAAAGCUGCGUGUCAACAAACAAGCUACUCUAGCGAAUCCGGAGGCGCUGAGUGAUCCUGAGUACUCGGACGAGGAUGCGCACCCGGUGGAGCAGAUAGAUGCGGAUGAAGAUCUACUAGAGGGAGAGGAGCCGGAAGUAGAGGAGAUAGACUGCCAACACUCCCGCGUAUCUUCCAUGCCUGCCCUCCACCUCGAACGCUUCAAACGUCUGAAACGAUUAUGCCUCCGCCAAAACAGCAUUCAAGACAUCGAGCUCCCCAACACUUGCACAUCAACUCUCGAAGACCUCGAACUCUACGACAAUCUCAUCAAACACAUCUCCGGCCUCGAAGCCUACACCCAACUCCGCAGCCUUGACCUCUCCUACAACAAGCUGAAGCACAUCAAAAACCUCUCCUCCCUCAUGAAGCUCGACCACCUCUACUUCGUCCAAAACCGCAUCUCCACUAUAGAAAACCUCGAAGCCCUCACCAACCUCACCUACCUCGAACUAGGCGCGAACCGCAUCCGCGAGAUCUCCGGCCUAGAGACGCUGACGAAACUCCAACACCUCUGGCUCGGGCAGAACAAAAUCUCCGAGCUCAAGAACCUCUCCACCCUCACCAACCUCCGCACCCUCAGCAUCCAAGCCAACCGCCUCACCUCCCUCUCCGGCAUCGAAACCCUGCCCCAACUAACCGAACUCUACGUCUCCGACAACAAGAUCCCGUCCCUCGAACCCCUGGCCGCGAACACGAAGCUCGAAAUUCUGGAUUUCCAAUCUAAUCCCAUCUCUUCCUUGACCGGGCUCGAAGGGCUGAAAGAGCUGGAGAAUGUCUGGGCGAGCAAUUGCGAGAUAGGGGAUUUCGCGGAUAUUGAACGGAUGUUGAGGGAUAAGGAGAAGUUGGAGGAGGUGUAUUUCGAGGGCAAUCCGGUGCAGAGGCAGGGGCCGGUGUUGUAUCGGAAUAAAGUGAGGUUGGCGCUGCCGCAGGUGGGGAAGAUUGAUGCUGCGUAUGUGAGAGCGGGAUGA